AUGUUCGGACUUCUCGAUUGUGAUGCAUCAAUUUUAGCACGACAAACUACUGAUCCGAAGCUUUUUUUUGUUCGAACAUUAGUCAAAAAUUGGCUUUGGCCUAUUAUAACUUGUUUUGGUGUAACUGGCAAUAUUCUUGCCAUAAUUGUACUUACAAAACGUCGUAUGAUUAUGUCAUCAACAAACAAUUAUUUAGCUGCAUUAGCUCUUGUUGAUAUCGCUUAUCUUAUAUUAACGCUUAUACUUAAUACAUUUCAACAUCCUUGUUUUACUGGUACUUCAUUAUCCGCAAUACUUUUAACAGUAUGUCGACCAAUAGCAGAUUUUUCAUCAAAUACAAGUGUUUGGCUUACAGUUACAUUUACAGUUGAACGUUGGGUUGCUGUAACUUAUCCAUUACAAAGUCGUACAUGGUGUACUGUAAGCCGAGCAAGAAAAAUUAUAAUCAGUGUUAUGUGUGCUGCAUUAAUAUGUACAACACCAUCAGUCUUUGAAAUGAAACUUGUACGUAGUGUUACAAUAAAAAACUCUACAAAUCCAAAUGAAAAAUCAUUACUGACAAGUCGUAUAUAUGCUAAACCUACGGCAUUAGGAAGCAGUUUACUAUAUCAUCAACUUUAUUUUAAUUUUGUUACAUUUGCUAUUAUUUGGAUACCAUUAUUACUUCUUGCUAUUUUCAAUACAAUUCUAAUUAUUCAUGUUCAUCGUUCAAAACAAAAUGAACAUCGAAAUAGUGAAGGAAUUCAAUUACGUCGGCAUAAUCAAAACAGUCAAGGUGAACAAAGAAAAAUAACAAUUAUGUUAAUUGCUGUUGUUAUUGUAUUUACUGUAUGUCAAAUACCACAAGCAAUAUCUUUAACAGUUCAAUCAUUUUUUCCUAAAUUAUCUCAAGCAUCAAAAGUUCUCAUUUAUAAUAAUUUUGCAAAUUGCUUAGUUGCUGUAAAUGCUUCAAUAAAUUUUUUAUUAUAUUGUUGCUUUUCGGAUCGAUUUCGUUCAACAUUUAGUUCAAAUUUUUCAUUUAUAAGUAAAUAUUGUGCACCUUAUAUUGUACCAAAUUAUAAAUUAAAAACAGGUAAUAAUAAACACUCACUAUCAAUUGAUAAUAUGUCAUUUAAUUGUCUGGAUAAUCAUUCAAAUUAUUCAUUACAUCCACAAAGUACAAAUCCUCGUAUGUCAAAUAUAAGCUAUGAAUCAAAUCAAAAAUAUUUUAAAAAAUCAUCAAGUAAUCAUUCACAAAAGCAAUCACAUAUAUCAAAUCGAAAUCAACGAUCUUGGACAUCUACUUUAUCAAAAUUUACAUCACAUAAAAAAGAAAACUUUGAUAUGAAACAAAAAUUAAUUGGACAAUAUAAUGAAACGGAUCCUAGUUCACCGAUAACAAGUGUCACAAGAACUCCACCAUCAUUUGUUCGCCAAUCAUCUCGAUCAAAUAUUUCAACAAAUCGUGAUACAACAUUUAAAAAUCCUCUUAUAGAAACAAAAUCAUCAUUUUCAUCAAUUGUCUCUUUUACCAAUAAAAAAAAUCCUUCAAAACGUUGUUCAUUAUCAAUGAAUGCAUUAAAUCAACCAAUUUACAUAGAUUGUACAACAGACAGAUUAAAAAAAACAUUUAGUGUUGGACAUCAUUGUAUAAAGAAGACAUUAACUUUUCAUUCGCAACAAUCGUUAUAUGAUAAUUAUCCAGAACAAAUUUGGAUAAAACGUAGUUUAUCCAAUGGUACUAUUGAGAAACAUUUUGAUCGAGAAAACUCAUUUUUAUGGAAACAAAUAAAUGAUGUUACUGUAUGA